CCAUGAGCCUGGCAAACACGUUUCGAGAUGUUUUCGUCGAGAGUUGAAGCGAGCGUGCUGCGAUCCGGUCUCACCACUGUACGAUAAACCUCGUGUCCGGACGACACGUUCGAUGCUUCGGAGCCGGCUUCUCGAAUGAUCGUCGCUCGAUCAUUCAAAAUUUUAUCCUACUCCAGUUUUAUCGCGGUGACGAAGAAUUAAUUACACUUUCGAAACGUCGUGAUUGAUUAAACGAUCGAUAACAUCGAGAAGGAGCGAUCGGAUUCGAAGAAGGUAUCAACUUUAUGUAACAGUGGAUGAUAUUCUGAAAAUUACUUUUGAAUCGGUGCUGUUGGGUUUCGCAAUCGGCUAUGAUUACGAUAGUGUGUUGAAGAUCUGAUAGAGUUGAUGCGCGCGUCACUCACUGAAAGGAAGGUGUUCCAACGGGUAAUUACUUCAAUUUAGAACCGAGUGCGCGGUAAGAUUUUUACAUUCUCGAUUAUCUUUAUGAAUAUGAACGAUUGACUGUGAGAUCAUUUGUCUCCGAGUACCGGUCAAAUUCUCGGGUCACAGGCGGUCGACGAUCGUCGUACGUGUACGUUUAAAAGUUCUCUGUGAUUUAAAAGUUUGAUCGCAAAGAUGACGAGAAGAAACAGCCUGGCGGAAAUCGAAGAGUCACGGAAGAGACGAAGGUCAUAUAUAAACACAAAGGUAAUUGUAAUCGGCAGCAUAGUAUUAGCAACAGUGAUCCUAGCGAUAAUAGCGAUCUGCACUGUCUAUGGAUCGAACAGAGACGUAGAAAUUCAAGAAAAUGAAGAAGUACCACCGGAUCCAGAAGCAGAGUUGCCUCCUUCAGCGAGUAAAUUAAGAACUUUUAAACGUGGAGCCGUUUGCGCAGAUGGUGCCCCAUGUGCCGUUGUCGGCAAGUCGAUUUUAGAGAAAAAUGGCUCGGCUGUGGAUGCCGCGAUAGCAGCGAUGAUUUGCAACGGUCUCGUGAAUAUGCAAAGCAUGGGCAUUGGAGGCGGAUUUUUUAUGACAAUUUAUGAUAAAGCGAGCAGACGUGCGUACACGUUAACUGCAAGAGACCGUGCACCCUUAGCAGCCAAUGCCACGAUGUACGAAGGAAAACCAAGAGAUGCAUCCUUUUCCGGUCCAUUGGCCAUUGCUGUUCCUGGAGAAUUGGCCGGAUAUUGGGAGGCUCACAAACGUUUUGGUAAAUUACCAUGGGCCGAUUUGUUCAGACCAUCGAUCGAACUUUGCGAAGAAGGAUAUAAUUUAACAAAAAUCCAACACGAUGGGUUCAGAUUCAAUGCGAAGAAUAUUUACAACGAUCGUGUAUUAAAGGAACUGUUUGUCGAUCCGAAGACCGAUGAUUUUUACAAACCGGGUACCGUCAUUAAACCAAAGGUACUUUGUAAAACAUUGAGAGUGAUUGCGGAGAAGGGUGCCUCGGAAUUGUACAAUGGUACCUUGGGCAAGUUACUUGUGCAAGAUUUGCAAGAAAAAGGAGCGAUAAUAACGAUGAAGGACUUGAACAGUUACAGAGCUACGUGGGAUGAACCCCUUCAAACGAAUCUCUCUAAUGGAAUAAAGGUUUACACUGUUGGAUUGCCAGCUAGUGGAGCUCUCUUCUCGUAUAUUUUAAACAUUUUAGACGAAUAUCAUUUUAAUCCUGACAGCAUAGCUGAUCAAAACCAGACCAUUCUUACUUAUCAUCGAAUGAUAGAAAGUUUCAAAUAUGCUUACGCGUUGAGAAACGAUAUGGCUGACAAAGAAUUUGUCGACAUGGAAGAAUUAACAAGGAAUUUAACCUCGAGGAGACACGCUCACGAAACUCGAAUGAAGAUCGACGAUAACAAAACAUGGGACGAUCCAGCUCAUUAUGGAGCUGUUACUUUGAACAGCGCGAAAGAUCAAGGAACUGCCCAUGUUUCAGUAUUGGCACCCAAUGGAGAUGCAGUGUCAGCUACUAGUACCAUUAAUUUUUACUUUGGAAGUGGGGUAAUUAGCGAUACCACUGGAAUAUUAUUAAACAACGCGAUGAAUGAUUUCGGUAUACCAUCGACGAUAAGUUAUUUCGGUAUACCUCCCAGUCCGAAUAAUUACAUCGCCCCUGGGAAACGACCUUUGUCGUCGAUGGUACCUUCCAUCCUGGUAGAUUCGGACGGAGACGUGAAAAUGGUGAUCGGUGCAUCCGGUGGCACUAAGAUCACCACGGCAGUGUCUCAAAUAGUGGCGAAAAUCAUUUGGAUGGGACAAACGGUGAAGGAAGCGGUGGACGCUCCCAGAAUACAUCAUCAGCUGUACCCAUCCGAGAUGAUGUACGAAUAUGGCGUGCCAAAGCAAGUAAUCGAUGGUUUAAAGAAAAUCGGCCAUAAAACUGCUCGUUACAGGGUUCGCGGCAGUGUGGCGUGUGUGAUUUUUGUUAACAACGACACGACCGUCUACGCGAACGCGGACUUCCGCAAAGGCGGUGACGUCUACGGAGUCAAUUGA